AUGCAAACUGUGUGCAGCUCCUCAGAGUACGGAGGAUGCUCAGAUCAUCAGAUCUUUGACACCAAAAAUGUUGCUGUUGAGGAAAAUGUGACUCUGAAUUGUAUCCGGGAUCGUCUUUGGCAUUCAACAAACUUAUUCUGGAUCAGACUUGUUUCUCAGAGCUUUCCUGAAAUUGUAGGAUCAACAAUGUCUUAUGAUUCUCCGAUUAUUGAAAACAUUCAUCACAUUACAACAAAACAAGAGCCUGGAACUUUUGUUCUGCAUAUCAACGGAGCACAGUUAAGCGAUACAGCUGUUUAUUACUGCAUCAAAGUAAGACAGCGCAAGAUGACAUUUUUGAAAGGAACUUUUCUUCAAGUCAAAGGACCUGACCCAGGCAUCACUGGUGUCACUCAAGACUCUUUGUCUAAUCCCGUCCAUCCAGGAGACCCGGUGACUCUGCAGUGUUCAGUCGUCUCUAAUUCUGAGAACAGAACAUGUACAGAAGACCACAGUGUGUACUGGUACAGAGCCAAACCAGAAGAAUCUCAUCCAAGUUUAAUUUAUAGUCAUGGAAACAAUGGUAAUUAUUGUGAGCGGAGUCCUGAGGCUGCCUCCCAACAGAAAUGUGUCUACAGCUUCUCCAGGAACGUCAGCUCGUCUGAUACAGGAACUUAUUACUGUGCUGUGGCCACAUGUGGAGAGAUACUGUUUGGAAAUGGAACAAAACUCGAUAUCGAAGAGACACGAGGACUCACUGACUUAUGCUGCGCCAACCUUUAUCAAGAGAAACACUCGCAAAGCAGAGAGAAGGAACACGAGAGCAACAGAGACAAUGUAUCAAGCAAUGAGAUGGAGUACAAAGCUGUGAAGUAUGGACUGAGGAAAGCUAUUACAGCAGCUAAGAGGCAGUACAGAGGGAAGCUGGUGGGCUUCUAUUCUUCUGCUGACCCCAGGCGGAUGUGGCAAGGCAUGCAGCACAUCACGUAG